AUGCGGUCGCUCUUUUCGGCGCUGGCUCUUGCGAGCCUUUCAUCUGACAAUGUCCUGGCGCAUGUUACCACAGGAAGAGAGCGAUAUGGAGUCAUUGGUUAUGGUGUGGUAAUGUACGACCCUCCAUGUGCCUUUGGCUGCAUCGAUACGGUCAAGGGAUAUACUCUUGACUGCAAAGAUGAUCACGGCAUGGGCGAACACUCGAGCUCAAUGCACAUGGCUACUGCAACACCUGAAUGCAAGGCCACCAACGACCCUUUCCUCCAGACCAUGGCCUGGUGCUUCCACACCCAUUGCGCCGACGAAAAGAACUCGACUCUUGAGAACAUCUGGGAGAUGGACAUUGUCGGCCGUCUCAAGAUACAGCCCACGCCCAAGUACUCCUACCAAGUCGCCCUGGCUCUCGCCGCCAAGGAUCCUCCCACCGAGGUGGUAGACAAGGAAGAGGUGCUCAACAGAAGGUCUCUGGUGGAUGAGGAUACAUGGCUAGCCAACUUUAACGGCGACAAUGGGUUUGAACAGAUGGAGAUUUUGGCCGAGAGAUAUGGCAUCGUUCUCAUGGCUACCUGCGUCGCCAUUCCGGUCGUCUUCUCCUGGCUUCGCUUCCUCCCACUUCCUCAGUCUCUCGUCUCCAAGUUCUACGCUACCGUCAUUGAUCCUCCACUGUUUGGACGAUACCAUGCCGUGCCCGUUCUUGGACUUGGCUUCGUUCCCACGCGUGGCCAGGGACUUUUCGUCGCUUACAUCUGGAUCAUCAACAUCAUCCUUUCGGCCGUCGGAUACAAAGUCCGAGAUCCCAUGUCCUGGUACGGAUCCCUAGAGCAGCAGCUCAUCGCCUACAUUAGCAACCGUGUGGGACUCUUGAGCUUUGCCAACCUCGCUCUCGCUGUCCUCUUCUCGAGUCGCAACAACCUCCUCCUCUUCGUGACAAACUGGUCUCACUCGACUUUCCUACUCAUCCACCGCUGGAUUGCUGUCAUCUGUAUGUUGCAGGCAUGCUUGCAUUCUGCCAUCUACCUCCAAUUCUACCUUGAUCCUCUGACGGGUGAGGGCGCUUAUGCAGAGGAGUCCAAGCUGGACUACUGGGUCUGGGGUAUCGUGGCUACCUUGGCGUUGGUCCUGCUCAUGCCCUUUUCAAUUCUGCCACUACGACAGAAGCUAUACGAGGCCUUCUUGGCAUCGCAUAUCGUUCUUGCACUUCUGUCCAUGAUCGGCUGCAUGCUGCACAUCUUCUACCGAUAUGAGUGGCAGUGGGGAUACCAGACCUGGAUCUGGAUCACAUUUGCCUUCUGGAUAUUUGACCGUUUCCUUGCUAGACCCCUGAGAGUCGUGCAGAAUGGUGUCAAGAGAGCCAUUGUCACCGUCAUUGACGAAGACUACCUUCAACUCACCAUUCCCAGAGUUGAGGCUGAAGGCCAUGUGUACCUUUACUUCCCAACUCUUACAUGGCGUUUCUGGGAGAAUCACCCCUUCUCGGUGGCCGCAGUGUCUUCAGGUCCUACCCAUUCUCUAAAGACCCAAUCUCACAAUGGCAGUGACAACGUGAACGAGGAAGAGAAGAAGGCCCCCGGAACCGACUUGGAGCGUUUCUCGACCGACGCCGCCAUCCCUGGUCUAGUCAUCUUUGUCCGACGUCAUACUGGAUUGACAUCUCUGCUGUCGGCUCAGGCAAACUCGUCGACUGGCAUCCCCGUGUUGGUCGAGGGUUCGUACGGCCCUCAAGCGUCCAUUCUCCCAUCUCCGGCGCCAUACCCAACUAUCGAGUACCCCAACAUCAUCUGCGUUGCUGGAGGAGUUGGCGUUACGGGCGUUUUACCUUGCUUGGACCGUAACCCAAGCGUCAUGGGCCUCCAAGGAAAGAAAAAGCUCUUCUGGGGCGUCAGGACUGAGCCCCUCGUGCAAGCAGUUCGAGACAUUAUCCCACAGGUUCACCACGGCGAGGAUAGACAUGAGAAUUGGAAUGACUUUGACGUUUCCAUCUCGGUCGGCAAGCGUUUCGACCUCAACGCUGUACUUGUAGAGGAACUUGGAAGCGUCACGGGUGGCACCACGGUGGUUGUAUGUGGACCAUCUGGCAUGGCAGAUGAAGUCAGAGUUGCUGUCACCGAGCUUGGAAAGAAGGGGUCUGUUGUGAGAUUGAUCGAGGAGAGCUUUGCUUGGUAA